AUGAGCAAUCAGAGAGCCGGCACCCACACGGCAAAACGCCCCCGUCUCGGCGAGCGUACUAUGCUGGCCUGCAUCGGUUGUAAGCAGAAGAAGUUAAAGUGCGACGGCCAAAGUCCGAAAUGCCAAAACUGCGUCAGAACAGGACGAGACUGCCUGGUUGAAGAUCCCGGGACCGGCUUGCAUCGUCCGCGGGAUUACAUGAAGUCGCUAGAAGCCCGCGUAGCCUAUCUCGAAGGUCUUCUACAGCAGGUCCGGCCCGAGGUCGCGCUUGAUCACUUCGGUCCCAACGAGGGCCGCGACGGAGAGCACGCGGGCCCGCCCGGCGCCGGCUCCGCGACACAGCCGAUGCCCAUCAUGCACAUGCCCUCCGCAUUUCAGGGCCUGCCCGAACCCUCGUCGUUUGAAGACAUGGACUUCUCACGCGCCCUCCGAGCGCCGUCCGUCGAUCCGGAUGACCAUCAUGUCGACAUGCUGUCCUCGGAGGUUGCCCUUUUGUGUCUGAGUGCGGCCGGGAGAGAGCCGCACUACUUCGGGCCGUCGUCUGCGGUGUCUUUCUCGCGGAUCGUGAGCGCGACUAUGGGUUUGGCUAGUGGAGGCGGAAGCUCACAGCACAGUCAUGCUGGCCGGGGGAAGGGUCUCCGGUCGGAGGUUCCUCGUGAGGUCCCUUUGAGGCUCCCGUCGCCAACUCUGAGGGCCAACUUGUCGGAGGCUUAUUUCAACAACAUCCACCCACAGUAUCCCUUUCUUCACAAGCCCACGUUUCAAAUAUGGGAAGAGAGCUGCUUGAAAGCAAGUCUCGAAGGCGAUCUGAGUAGCGUCAGCGACGUGUCUCUCUUUUUCGUGCUGAUGGUCUACGCCAUAGGAUCUCUUGUGCUGGGGCAAAGCCACUAUGAUGCCGCAGAGGCUUAUUACUCGAUGGCAUUGGACCAUAUUGCAGCGGUGCUUGACCUUGACAGCCUCGAGUCAAUCCAGGCGAUUUUGUCUUGCGCUGUGUACUCAAUAAGGUCGCCGGUAGGAGUAAGCUUAUGGAAGGUGUCUGGCAUGGCUAUACGCCACUGCAUUGAACUUGGAUAUCACCGUAGCGCAGAACGGUAUCACAGGAAUACCGAUACCUUGACGAAGGAGAUGUCCAAGAGAUGCUUCUGGGUCGCCUAUGACAUCGACAGGGUAGUGGCCUUCACCCUUGGCCGGCCAGUUGGCAUUCCGGAUGAUUCUAUCGAUGUCGAGCUACCUUUAGACAUGGAUGAUGAGAACAUCACAUCCGCCGGUCUCAUGUCAAAUCCCCGUCCAAGCUCCACUGACCCCCCAACGCUCAUGACUGGCUUCAUACACGCCAUUCAACUUCGCCGUCUAUGGACCAAGAUCAGCGACAACCUAUACCCCCCGUCCGCCCGUCGCUGCGGGAACAAUUGCGGACAGAAGGCCACGAUGGAAAGCCUCCGCAAAGAGUUGGAAGAAUGGCGAGCCAGCACGCCCGACCAACUCGAUUACUCCAGAUCUCAUCCUCUAUCCGUCUUUACGUCGAGUUCGUGGUUCCAGAUUGCCUACGAUCAUUCCAUUCUGCUGCUCUACAGGCACUAUAUGAUGGGUCUACCCAGUACCCUUGGGCCUGCUGAGGGUGGUGGUCAGGUGAACAACAACGAUCCCGAGGUGACUGAACGCGCCUUGGAAGAGUGUGCAACGCGCGCCCGCGAGAUGUGCCUCCUUUACCGCCGGGUAUACCAGAGUUCCUCUGUCCAGUUCACAUGGGGCAGUCUACAUAUACUCUUCUUGGGCGGGCUCACAUAUUUGUAUUGCCUGUGGCGCUCGAAACGCGUGCGGGACAUGGUUCGACAGGCCGACGUUGUGACAACGUGCAUGGCUUGCACGACUGUUCUCAUCAUCAUUGCCGAGAGGUGGAAUCUGGCAACGUCCUACCGCGAUAUUUUCGAGACGUUAUCUCAGCGGACGAUUACCAUGGUCUGCAACGAUGGCCACAAGCCCGGUCCUACGUCUUUACCAGCUAUCGGACCUGGUCCGAACUUGGAGAGUCAGAUACCGAUGGGUGGCGCAAGCCCGUCUGGGAUGCAGGACUGGAUCAACGAUCUGGACCCUCUGGCUAUUCCGCAAGAGUCUGAGUGGCUGGUACAGCAACUUAACCUACUCCAAGGUAUGGGGAAUUUCUAG